AUGGGUUGCUACUGCUGUAAGCCAUCUUACUUCGGGAAAGAUAAUUCUUCUCUUCACGAUCUUCAGCUCAAAUUGCACGGCGACGCAACAUGGGUUAAAAAGCAUAAGAAGAACCUUAAAGUUCGGGAUCUUGGAAGUGGAGGUCAUGGAAAGACCCAGCUAUGGCACCUUCCUGGUCUGGACGCACCCGUUGUUCUUAAGGUUAUCUUAAAUACUGAGACCGGGACCAAAGAUAUGCUACGAGAAGUGGAUAUCAUGAGACUUCUUGAUGGUGCUGGAGGAGCCCCGUAUGUUCUCUGCACGUACCCUGAGGACAGGUGUUAUUUCAUGACGUACGUCGGCGCAGAGAAUCUCCGGGAUUUAAUUUAUAAGCAGUUAAAUGGAUUAAUACGUCUGGAGGAUUUAUUUUGGCUUCGAGUGAUUGAGGACGUAAUUGUCAAACUCAACGAGAUUCACCAAAAGGGCGUCGUACAUGGAGAUUUUAAGUCAAAUAACAUCAUUAUAGAUCGAAGCGACCCAGGAAAGCCACGGGCAGCCAUUAUAGACUUCGGUAUAUCAGUUUUACAAGGACAAGUCGUAACUAAACGACAGGAGCCACAGCAAGUGGAAAAAUUGUUGACUAAAAGUCCUUGGUACGCCUACGAGGCGGCGAUGGGGUCGCUGGUCACCUGCAGCGCUGAUGUGGUAGGAUUGUCAUAUAUGAUCUACCAGGUUGUUAAGGCCAUGGUGUGUAAGCCUUAUGAGCUUCAGGAUUGUGUCCAAUUAGGAAUGAGUCGCAAUGAGUCAGAAAGACCAACUUUGCACGAGUUCUUGCGCAAUACCCGGAGCGCUAUCCAGUUUUAUUGA